GUUAGAGGAGGAGGGAGAGGUGGGAGUAGGUAGGCAGACAGUAAGAUGCAGUGGAAGUGAGAGAGUGUCUGUGAGGGUGUCUGUAGCGCGAUUCUUCAUCCUCUCAUCAGGGACAAUGAUCUGUUAUGGUACUGCGAUGUACAGAUCCACAGCCAGAGCAGGGAAUGAAUGCAGAAGUUCACCUUGAGCUGGAGCCACUCAGUGCCACUGUGGACCUUUGGGCGUUCAACAAAUUCUCAUUGAUCCUUCAAUCCAGAAGAAGCGAAAUCGGAUUUGACAAAAUUGCCAAAUCCUAGGUUCCUCUUGAAUAUUUAACUUUUUUUUUACUCAGAGGACUAAUUGAGGACUACUAUCCCUGGACCAGAAUUCAAACAGGUUCUUGGUUUGACAGAAACUUGACCACCUGUUUCCACAAACCUGAAACCAUACCGAUCCAAGAUUGUGACACCCACAGUUUACACUGGAGCCCCGGAAAGCCACGACCAAGCAGGUCCUGCACCCCAGGAACCCUGGAGGCAGCCUGACCUUGGACCGGCUGUCACCAGAACCCCUCCUGGCACCAGCAGAAACAUCCACCAUGUCUCAGACUGGAGGACGGAUCCACAACAAAAAGGCUGGCAUUCGGGCUGCUGUGAUCCUGAUUGGACUCCUGCACAAGUCGCGCAAAGCCAAGGAGAAGGAGAGGGAGAAAGAGGAGAGUGAAGGGAAACAGGAGCAGCUGAAUAUUUCCAGCGUCCCUCUGGGAGAAUGUCCACCAUCGCCGCCCCGCACUGCACCGCCCAGCAUGAAGUCUGCAGAGUUCUUCGAUAUGCUGGAGAGGAUGCAGGUGCCUAAACCUGAAGAGACCAAAAAAUGGAAGGAUGAUUAUAUCCCCUACCCACGGAUAGAAGAUGUCCUGGAGAAGGGUGGUCCAUAUCCACAGGUUAUCCUGCCUCAGUUUGGAGGUUAUUGGAUUGAGGAUGUGGAGGCACCAGCUGGGACCCCCUCCUCCUCAGAGUCCAGUUUCUGUGAGGAAGAGGACAGAGAAGAUGGGAUGAGCCCUGGUGGGGGGCACACUUAUCGCCUGGAGUGCAACAGCACGGCGCGUGCCUACCGCAAACACUUCCUCGGCAAGGAGCACAUGAACUACUACUGCACUGGCAGCAGCAUCGGCAACCUCAUCUUGUCUCUAAAGCACGAGGAGGCCGAAGCGCAAGAGUUCUUACGCAUCAUGCUCAGGUCGAGGGCCAAAACAGUCCAUGACAGGAUUUCUUUAGCCGGCAUCAACCAGCUGCCCAGUGUGCCUCAGAUUGCCAAGCUUCUGUGUGACGAUGCCACGGGGCUAAAGUUCAAUCCAGUCCUGUACCCACGGGGAUCCCAGUUGAUAGUGGCUUACGACGAACACGAGGUGAACAACACCUUCAAAUUUGGAGUCAUCUACCAAAAGUGUGGGCAGACGUCAGAGGAAGAGCUGUUUGGAAACAAUGAGGAGACGCCAGCUUUCAAGGAGUUUCUCAGCAUACUGGGUGAAAACAUUGACCUUCAGGACUUUAAAGGGUUUCGCGGUGGCUUGGACGUAUCCCACGGACAGACGGGGUCUGAAUCUGUCUACACUGUCUUCAGACAGAGAGAGAUUAUGUUCCACGUUUCUACCAAGCUACCCUACACCGAGGGAGACGUCCAGCAGCUCCAGAGGAAAAGGCACAUAGGAAAUGACAUUGUGGCCGCGGUCUUCCAGGAAGGGCCCACGCCGUUUGUCCCAGACAUGAUUGCCUCCAACUUCUUGCAUGCUUAUGUGCUGGUGCAGGCUGAGAACCCAUGUACAGAAAACACAACGUACAAGGUGUCUGUAACUGCGAGGGAGGACGUACCUCCUUUUGGACCGCUUCUCCCAAACCCAGCAGUCUUCAAGAAGGGUCCUGAGUUCCGAGACUUCCUGCUGACAAAGUUGAUCAAUGCUGAAAAUGCCUGCUACAAAUCUGACAAAUUCGCCAAACUGGAGGGGCGAACGCGAGCGGCGCUGCUUGACAACCUCCAUGAUGAGCUGCACAGGCAGAGUCAGGCCACACUGGGCCUGGGCCAGGCAGGAGACGAGGACAAGCUGGAGAAUGGCGGACACGGGGGACUCCUAGAGUCUUUCAAGAGAGCAAUGCGUGUCAGGAGCCACUCCAUGGAGACCAUGGUUGGGUCACAGCGUCACAGAAGCCCCGGGGUAGGAGGUGGAGUACCGGCCAGCCUAAGUGGCGGAGGACUGCCGCAGAGCACCAGCGAAUGCACAAAGAGCACUUUUAAUCCUCCCGUGUUGCCAGGCAAGUCUCCUCUGAAGAGUCCAGUGAAGCGGCGGUCAGGCCUCUUCCCUCGCCUGCACUCCAGCACAGAAAUACCCACAGACAAACACACACGCAGUGACCAAAAGCCUGCAGAGACCUGCCCAUUGUCCCAAGAAGUGAGAUCAGAGACAUCUAAUCCCAGCUCGCCUGAGAUCUGCCCCAACAAAGAGAGGCCGUUUAUGAAGAUGAAGGAGUGCAGUGGCGGUCGGCCAAACAUAUCUCGUUCUUCGUCCAGCACCAGCAGCUUCAGCAGCACCACAGGUGAAACAGAAGCUCUGGAAGAACUGGACCCAGUUAGUCACCCCUCUAUAGCUUCCUCCUCUGCCUUUAGCCCUUCGCUUAGUGUGGACAGCCAGGGAUCAGGUACUCCUGUCAUUAUGUGCCGCAGUCCGACAGAUGGGAAAAAUAAGAUGUCACCAAGGUCAAACUUGAAGUUCCGCUUUGACAAAAUAAGCCACUCAUCUACAGCUUCCGAGUAGCUUUGCGGAACAAACUUGCACAACAAAGGGACAACACCGGCUGAUGGAGCUGCAGAAAUAAUAAUAGUUUCAAAAAUGUAUGAAAUCAUGGCAACAACCACAUAAUCACUGUAGAACCUCUUCCCUAAAGCCAAGGAUAAUCUGACAUUAUCACAAACUGCAACAAUACUGUGAGUGUAUAGGGAGGAGGAACAGCUGAUUUUCUUUGAACCAAAUUUCAGUGGCAGAAAAUGAUUCAAUGUUACAAGAUGCUGCAUCUCAGUUGUUAAUUAUUCACAUCAUAUUUACGUUACGGCAUGGCUGUAAUACUGUGAUGGCACAAGCUCAGCUAGUCCGUGCCUCAGCUUCUUCUCAAGCGUCUUGUUUAAUGGAGAGAGACGAGCGGUAACACAGGACUUACUCAUCGUAAGUGGACUGCUGAGUGAUCCAGCCUUUAAAGAGUCAUCGGAAAACAAAACGUUUGUUCCUCUUGCCUUUGACCUCGAGUGGUACGUCUCGCAACCGUUCCUCUUUUGCCUAAAUAAAGUACACAGUCACAGUCAUUUACAGGAACUUCACAUACUGUAGAUUAACAGUAGGAAAACCUUGAAGGUGGCAACACUGGGAGUCUUAAUUCUCCACUGUAGGGUCUGAACUUGUGCUUUGCAUCAAAAAAGAAAAAAUGCUUUUUUUGGGAACAAAAAGCUUUCGUAACCUUGUCAGCUGCUGCAUUGUGUCUACUGCGCUGUUAGGGUUAGGCUGAACUUCAGUCGACACUGUCACAGAAUCGAGCUUACUUCAAGAUCCUAGACUCAAGUGCUUGGUUAGUGGAAAUUAGCUCACAUCAGGCACAAUAGUUGGCUCUGCCAAAACAUUUUACCAUUAGCAUUUUUUUUAGCCAAAGCUGCGCCUUACAAUCUGUCAAAAGUCCUUUCAACCACUGAUGCUAUCUCUCUCUCUCUCUCCCUCUCUCUCUCUCUCUUUCUGUCACUGUGUGAGAGGAUGAGAGUAUUCUGGAUCUGGUUACAGUUGUGCGUAGCCGAUCAACUCCCUCAUUUGCUGAAAAUACUUGUUGCACUUAACUAACAUUUCACCCUCUGAUACCUCUCACUGAAGCUUUCUCUGUGUAUCUCGGUCUAUGUUUGGUGAAACUUAUCAACAGGAACGUCUCUGUGGUUUUUAGGUUUGCCGGCAUAUGCGCUGAUGAAGAUGACUUGAAAAAAAAACAAAAAAAAACAAUGCUUCAGGUUAAAGUGGACAUUCAAACCACCUUUGGACAAAAAAAACUUGGAAUGUGAACUUUGAGCUUCUUUUUUUGUACUUUUUGUUCUUGAUUAGUUGUUACAAAUUCUCUUAGAAGUGUAUUGAAACGCGUACAAGCACAACAGGACAAUAGGUACAUAUACUCUCCUCCUCAACGAUGUAGUGACUUUAGCCUGGAACGGCACAGGCGGGAGUCAGUUACGGUGGCCUGGAAGUGCAAACCAGUAUUCCAAAACUUGAAACAAAUUUACAAAUACACAAACAAAUUGACAAAGCUCGAAACAAAUUUACAAAAUGUGAAACACUUUUACAAAUACCAAAACAAAUUAACAAAAGCCACAGUUCUUAUGGAAAUGGAAUGUCCCAAUUGCUGCACAAGACCCGGAAAUGAUACCUUGAGCACUCAGUUAGUGACUUAUGUGUGUCAUAAGAAUGGAUACUUUGCUCUUCCAGGCCACCGUAGUCAGUGGAGCAAAGUGGUAGUUUGUAAAUCAAAAGAAAAGGUUGUUAAAGACACACAUGUUUUCUUUGUGACAACACCUGUUGGUCUUUGGGACAAUGUCUAUGUCCUUCUUGUCUCCUUCAUGUGCAUUCAUGACUUUCUAGUUUGUGAAGUUAAACACACAAGGUUUAAAGGCUCAGGUCUCGAAAUUACAAAAAAAACAACAACUUUGUAAUUAAGGUGAACUUUAACUUGGCAGGAAGCUUCUCUCAAUACAGUGGUACCUUUCUUUAUAGCUAGACCGGAAGAUGACUAAUAAAUUAACAAACACUGUUCACAGUUAGUGCAGACAAGUGAUUACCUCGAGUAAAGAAAGCAGGAAUAGAAAUACUCCACUCAUCUAGUUUGUGGCAGGUAUCGCCUAAACGCCCUGCAGCCUUUUCUCUGUAAAUACGCUUAAUUUAUUAAAAACAACUUUUUUUGCAUUGAUGUCAAAAAAUGUAAAAAUGUAAGUGCAGAGUACUCAAAUGAAUAAAGACAAGAUGACAAAAGAAAAUCUAUUAAUUUAAAAGAUGUCUAAACAUGUAUAUGUAUAUUUGGUUAUGUAACGUGCCAUUGAGAAUUUAUUCUAAAAUAAAAUGUUGUAUUUUGUGUCA